CACAUAUUUAUGCUUCUCUAUAUAAAUCCCUCUGGCUAUGUGAAGUCAAGCAGAUAGCAUUAGCAGCAGAGCAAGAGGUCCUUCAGCGUUCUUCCAGGAAGCAAACGUGGUCUUCUCAGGUUCAAGGAACUCUCAAGAGGUUUCCACCAUGGCGACGUCUGGGCCAAUGGAAGAAGGUGAGGAGAUGCGUCUUUAUCAGCAAACGCUCCUCCAAGAUGGGCUGAAGGACAUGUUGGAUCAUCAGAAAUUCCUUGACUGUGUCUUGAAAGUGAAAGGGAAGGAAUUCCCAUGCCACAGAUUGGUCCUGGCGGCCUGCAGCCCCUACUUCAGGGCUAUGUUUCUCUCGGACCUAGAUGAAAGCCAGAAGAAGGAAGUCAACUUAGAAGAUGUGGAUCCAGAGGUAAUGAGUAAGAUCCUCCAUUACAUCUACACCUCGGAGCUGGAGCUCACAGAGCAGAACGUUCAGGACAUCUUCUCAGUAGCCAACAUGUUCCAGAUCCCUUCUAUUUUCACUGUCUGCGUCUCCUUCCUUCAGAAGAGGCUUUGUCUUAGCAACUGUCUAGCCAUCUUCAGACUAGGAUUGAUGCUGGAUUGUGCCCGUUUGGCGGUAGCUGCCCGUGACUUCAUUUGUGACCGGUUCUCGCUUGUCUCCCGCGAUGAAGAGUUUUGCCAGCUCUCUCCUGAUGAGCUGAUUGCGAUCAUCUCCAGCGAUUCCCUCAACAUUGAGAAGGAAGAAUUGGUCUUUGAGGUGGUCAUGAAAUGGGCCACAGCCAAAGACCGGGACAGCCGGGUCAAGGCACUUCCAGUGGUCUUCGAAAGCAUCCGCUUUCGUCUACUGGACAAGGCUUAUUUCAGCGACAAGGUGGAGAAGAACACUGUGAUCAAAUCCAGCCCAGACCUUCUCAAGAAGAUCCAGUUGGUGAAAGAUGCUCACGAGGGGAAACUAACAGUGGUGAAGCAGAAGAAAGAGAAGAAAAACGAGGACCAGAUUGUCAACGGACAAUUGGAUGAAGAAGAGAUUGAGAAAGAAGAGGAGACCCUACCAGGGAUAUUGAACGAUACGAUGCGUUUUGGGAUGUUCCUUCAAGAUUUAAUCUUCAUGAUUAGUGACUCAGGAGCUGUGGCUUAUGACCCGGGGGCCAACGAAUGUUAUUUUGCCUCCCUUUCUGCUCAGAUUCCUAAGAACCAUGUUAGCCUGGUCACGCGAGAAAAUCAGAUUUUUAUAGCUGGUGGACUUUACUUCAAUGAAGAUGACAAGGAGGAUCCAAUGAAUUCUUAUUUCUUACAGUACGACCACCUCGAUUCAGACUGGCUGGGAAUGCCCCCGAUACCAUCCCCCCGUUGCCUAUUCGGACUCGGAGAAGCGGAAAACUCCAUUUUUGUGGUCGGGGGAAAAGAAUUAAAGGAAGGCGAAGAGAUCCUGGACUCCGUUCUGUGUUAUGACCGGCUAUCCUUCAAGUGGGGGGAAGCAGACUCUCUCCCAUAUGCCGUCUAUGGUCACGGGGUGGUGUCCCACAAUGACCUGGUUUACUCCAUUGGAGGCAAAGGGAAGGACAGAAAAUGUCUGAAUGCUUUGACAGUGUAUAACCCCAAGAAGUUUGAAUGGAAGGAACGGUCACCUAUGAAAAUCGCCCGUUCUCUCUUCGGGACCACGGUCCACAACGGCAAAAUUUACGUGGCAGCAGGAGUGACCGAUUCUGGUUUGACCAGCUCCGUGGAAGUUUACGAUAUUGCAACGGAUAAAUGGGAACCUUUUGUUGACUUCCCGCAAGAACGCAGCUCCGUCAGCCUCAUCAGCCUUGCUGGCACCCUCUAUUUAAUUGGUGGCUUUGCCACCAUCGAGAGCGAAUCAGGAGAACUGGUUCCCACCGAGCUGAACGACGUCUGGAGGUACGACGAAGAGGGCAAGAAGUGGGAAGGGGUUCUCCGAGAGAUCCAAUAUGCCUCCAGCGCCACGUUUCUUCCUGUGCGCCUCAACGUCUUACGGCUGACCAAGAUGUAACCGCGUGUCCGAAUCUACCUUGAUGAUGUGGGGCCUUUCGCACGUGCCUCGUUGCCUUUUCUCUGCGCCAACUUUGAAACGUCUCUAUCGUGGUUUCCGCCUCAGCUGGGUUUCGUUAGGUCGAAAUAAUAAAGAUGCUGGUUUUGCAAAA